GCGCGAGAGGAGUCAGCCAUGUUGGUUUCUUUUUUUUUUCUUUUUUUUUUUUUUUGGCCGUGUGACGCCAAAAACCCGCUCGCUGUUCUGGGAACGUCCGAACCGGGCCACGGACCGUGCCGCUCUGUAGUGUAAAAAGAGCGGGAAGCUCCCAGAGGUAAUAUAAGAUGUCUAACGGUUAUGAAGAUCACAUGGAUGACGUGUGCAGGGAUGACAUUGGUAGGACCAAUCUGAUUGUGAACUACCUGCCUCAGAACAUGACACAAGAUGAACUGCGAAGCCUUUUCAGCAGUAUCGGAGAGGUAGAAUCUGCAAAGCUUAUACGGGAUAAAGUUGCGGGGCACAGUUUAGGGUAUGGUUUUGUGAAUUACCUUAAUGCAAAAGAUGCAGAAAGAGCAAUAAACACUCUUAAUGGCCUGAGGCUCCAAUCAAAAACUAUAAAGGUCUCCUUUGCUCGCCCAAGUUCAGAAUCCAUUAAAGAUGCAAAUUUGUACAUCAGUGGGCUCCCAAGGACAAUGACGCAGAAAGAUGUAGAAGAUAUGUUUUUACCAUUUGGGCACAUUAUCAAUUCACGAGUGCUGGUUGAUCAAGCAACAGGUUUGUCCCGGGGUGUUGCAUUUAUACGUUUUGAUAAAAGAUCAGAAGCUGAAGAGGCCAUUGCCAGUUUCAAUGGGCACAAACCACCUGGAUCUUCAGAGCCUAUUACAGUAAAAUUUGCUGCCAAUCCAAAUCAGAACAAGAAUGUGGCCCUCCUUUCCCAGAUUUGUCAUUCCCCAGCUCGACGAUUUGGAGGGCCUGUUCAUCACCAGGCACAAAGGUUCAGGUUUUCUCCAAUGGGUGUAGAUCACAUGAGCAGCAUAUCUAGUGUAAAUGUUGCAAGCAGUGCGACUUCUGGUUGGUGCAUAUUUGUCUACAAUCUUGGCCAAGAUGCUGAUGAAGGAAUUCUUUGGCAAAUGUUUGGCCCUUUUGGAGCUGUCACUAAUGUCAAGGUUAUUCGUGAUUUUAACACCAACAAAUGUAAAGGUUUUGGUUUUGUGACCAUGACAAACUAUGAAGAAGCAGCAAUGGCUAUUGCAAGUCUUAAUGGCUACCGUUUAGGGGACAAAACCUUACAAGUUUCCUUCAAAACCAGCAAGUCACACAAAUAACUUGCUCUUAAAAUUUUGUAUGUAAUAGAGAAAUUAUGAUCUGCUAAGUUGGGGUAGGGGAAUCCAUUUUUUUUUCUGUUCGUGUACUCAUUGCGCCAAUUUUCAAGUGUGUUUUGUCUUAUCAAAAUUAAUUUUUUUUUUAUACUCUGGGGAUGCAACUUACUUGUUCAAAUGUUUGACAAACCCCAUUGUGUUAGACCAAUUUUAAGUUCAUUAAGUUAUUUACUUUAAGUAUACAAAUAAAAUAUAGAUAGUUUUGACUAAAUUAUGCCCUACAGAUGGUAAAUUGAAGCAUGCUUAAACCUUGAAGAUGUUUUUUAAAAAAUUCUUGCUCUGUAGGUUUUCUUUAUUCCAGACAAUGGAUUUUUUUUUCUUUUUUUCCUUUAAUACAAGUAGGAUGUCUUUUUUUCCAUGGUUUACCCUGUCUUAUAGACUUUAAAGCAUUGAGUUUAGAACUACCCUAGAGCCAACAUAGAUCAUUUUAGACUUCAUAAAGUGAAGAUCAUUAAUAGCAGCAUGUCUAUUUAUUAUAUGUGCAAUCCCAUGUAAGACAUGACUGACUGUGAUUAGUCUUAAGUAGUCAAGUACCCUUUGUCUUUUCCUUUAAGAAAAUACAUUUAUGUUUUGGUUUUAAAUGAAGGUUUAUGUUGGCAUGUGUGGAAAUGUGACUGCUUAGACUCUACCUUGCCCAUAUUUUGUUGGUUGUUGGGAUUGUAAAUACCAAUUAAGUCCAAAGUAAAAACACCUUCUGCCAGCUUCCCCCCCCAUCUCAUUCAGGUUCUGCUAAAUGAAAACAAUGUAUAAAGGAGAACAAAAGAUGAGAUCUCCACAAGCAUCAUUUAAACUGUAAAUAUUAUAUAUAUUACAAUUGGAUUAAUCUGGCUGAAUAAUAUUUUCGUUUAUUCUAUUGCUCCUUUAUGGGACCCUAUUUCUAAGAGAGAAUAACUGCUCAAUCUAUUUUUUUUUUUUUUUUUUUUUGCAAUUUUGAAUUCUUCUUUAUUUUUUUGUUAUAUUUUCAUUAGCCCAUAGAAUAUUCGGGAUGGACCAAAAAGUUCAUAACACAAUCUAUUCCAAUACUAUAUUAAAGUCCAAGUAGAGCAUUCAUGUAUCUAUUCUUGAUUGAUUUUAUGUGGCAUGUAAUGUUUGCCUUGUGGUACAUCGUAAAUUAAUUUAAAUAAGCAUCCAGUUAUUAUAUAAAGUAUCAUUUGGAUUAAUAUAGAUUCCUUGUUCAUUAAACAUUUGAGCAUUGCUUAGUUUUUCCUUUGCAUCCCGUUAUGGCCUUGUUUUUUUAUAUAGUUUUUGAUAUAGUUUUUUUUUUUUAACAGUAAAAACAGCAGAACCUAUUUUCAAAUUAAAUAUUAAGUUUGAUUCCUAGUUUAAAAAAAUCUAACACUCUUCCCAAAUAUCAGUUUUGUUUAUGUUGAUUUUGUUUCUUUUGUUUUUUUUGUGUUUUGUUUUGUUUGUUUUACUUUUGCAUUUAUCAUUAAAUUUGAUUUUGUUUUGCUCAACUUUUGGUUUUGUUUUUUUUUUUUUGUUUUGUUUUGUUUUUUUUCUUUCUUUUAAGUAAUUUGCUGCCUAGGGCAUUGAGUUCAUUCCUUUUAAUAGGUUUUAUAUACAUUUCAAAUAUCUUGCUAAUAGAGGUCCUAACAUUUUAAUGAUAAAUAAUUUGUGCUAUUGGAAUAAAUGUGAGUUCUUUUUACAUUUAAUUUUGAUUUGUUUUUCCCUUGAACUUUAUUGUAGCAACACAAACACCACUACAAAUAUCUUGCUAAACUUUUCAUUGUCAGCAUUUUCAGUGAGUAAUGGAAGCAUCCGAAACUGGAGACUCAUUGCAUGAAGUCCUGGCCCCUGAAUACCCUGCAUUGUAGAGAUAUUUUUAUUCUUUUCUCCAACUUGCCUUUCAGCCUAUCAUUCAGCUUACUAUCUGAUUGCCAGGCACCGUGAUCAUAGUAACUAUAUAAGGAUUAAUAAUCAAGACUCAAGGAAAGAUGCCAGGUACAGGUAUGGGCUCUAUAAUCUGAAAUGCUUGGCACCUGGGUUUUUCCAUUACACCUUAAGUCUGCUUAAAAACACUUUAUUAUUAAAUAAAACCAUAAGGGUACAUUUUGCCACUUAUAUGAAUCCUUUUCUCUGCUAUUAUUACAACAGAGAAACAGGAAAUAAUUUUAAAACAAAUUAGAAUUAUUUGCUUAAAAUGGAUGCUACGGGAGAUAGCCUUCCUGUAAUGAACACCAAUCCGGGUUUCCACAUAAGAGAUCCCAUACCUGUAUAAGGACUUAAAUGUAGCUUUGUCAGCCCUUUUUACUUUAGUUAUUCAUUUAUUACACAUGGAGUGGCCUAGUUUAUUGUUUGCAGUCCAUAGUUUUCCAUAAUCAUUAUAUGUCUGGAUAACUCUAAGGUGCCUAUUUAUUGUGGUGUAAAAAAAUUUUAAGAAAAAAAUCACUGGUGAUUUUACCCAUAGCAACCAAUCAUAUCUUCAUUUUUUGUUUCAAAAUGUAAUUGCAUAUUGGUUGCUAUGGGCAACAUCUCUGGUGGUUUCCUCUACACAGCUUGAUAAAUAUGUCCCUUAAUGUAUUUCAAGCUCUCUUCAAGCAUUUUGUUUUAUACUGUCUUUACAGCCAAUCUUCAGUUUUAAUAUUUACAUAUAAUAGGUUUCAGCAUUUACUGUAACUAUUAUAAUUAACAUUGAGUAACUACGGGAGCAGAAUUCACACUUGCUCAAUCACUAGUAUACAUAACCUUUACAACUUUAAAGUUAUUAGUAUGAGCUAGUCAGCGACUUGAAGUCUCUGAUUGGUUACUGUCUGGUAACCAGUCAGUGUAAACCAAGAGAGCUGAACAGCUGGAAGUAGUAUUCUGGCUAUUAUGUUACACACCCAGUCACUCCAGCCUUUAUACAUUACAUUUUUGGCUAACUAACUAUAUUAGAAACAUUAUUUAUUUUGCACAGCCUAUCUUUUUUCCCAGUUUUUAUUUUUACACUGAACAAUUCCUUUAAGUAAUGCCCAAUGUUUAAGGCUAAAGCUCUCAGAACAAAUGUUGCCAUAGCGAUUAUCCUGAUACUUGCAACACACAAAAUGUGUUUCUACAGUUAUGUGAAAGUAUAGCAACACCUACACCUGUAUAUAACUGGUUAUGUUUAAAGGAUGAUUUCAAUUACCUGCUUCUUAAAAUAGACAGUUCCUUACUGUGUUAAAUGUAAUUGUAAUUCCCGAAGGUAGAACGUUUUGCAUCUAAUGUAGACAUCUAUUUGGCAAUUUUCUGUGUGGUCUAACUUCUUCUAAGUAUAUUUUCUCCAAUCUUUUCUAUAAUUUAGCAUGGUUUCCCUGGGAAAAGAUUACAUUUUUCUCAGGUAUUUUGUCCUGGUGACUUUUUUUUUCCUGGAAAAGUCGGAGAAGGCAAGGCCAAACUUCCCAUUUGCUAGACCUUUAUGCACUACAGGCAUGCAUUUUGAGCUGUAUAACAUGGUAGUUCUGGGCUAAGCAGUGGACUACAAACUGUCAUGUUUAUCAAUUUACACAUUUGUGUUAACACAACUUCGACAGGGAACACAUGCAUUAUUUCUGCAGAUUAUAAUUCACAAUUUCUAUCUUUGCUGGAUCUACCUGAUUAAAAAAAAUAAAACUUAAAUUAUUUGUGCAAUAGCUUGGACACCCUGUCAGCCAGUGCAGAAUAACAUCUGAACUCAGUUCUUGUGGUCUUCCAUAGAAAUAAUUUGUCUUUGGUAUUGAGGUAUAUUUUAUUCAUGGUUUCUAUUACCAAGCCUCUUUAGCUUCCCUUUCUUCACACACUGUGGGACAUAAACUAUAACAAGGUGGAUCUAUCAUACUGUGAAAAUUGAGGCAUCCAGUGACGCACAAAAUAUUGAGCGAAGAGUGGUUUAUGUAUGCACACAUCCUUUAAUUUAAAUGUCCCACAGUGUGUGAAGAAACUGAAUCUAAAAAGAGACUUGCUAUUAAAAUAAGAACAUCCCUUCAAUAUGUUGCAUUAUGCAUCUUCCAUUUUUUUUUGGUGGAGAAAACAUUAAUACAGUGCAUUCAUUUUGGUUACUGUACAUGUGGCGGAAGCAUGCUAUUUCUGUGUUCUUUACUGGUGGAGAAAUUGUUAGAAUAUGAACAGUUUUCUGUGCACUUUUAAAUAGUGCUUAUUUACUUGUGUUAUGUUUACAAACACACUUACAAAAUCAAUCAUGUAAUUUGACCAGAGGAUCCCAGACUUUUAUAGUGUAACUUCAUUUGAGUAUAUUUUGCCAAGUCUGGAGCAGACUUUGCAAAAUGUAUUUCACAAGUUAUUAAAUUGGCAAAAUUGAUCAGGUAUUCCAAAGUAGUAUAAUGAAAUUCAAAUUUGUUGGUAUUAUCAAAUUAUACCUUUUUGCAAAUAGAUAAAACAUAUUUCUAUGCAUGUUUUCCCCAUUUGUUUAAUUUCUUUGCACACUUUUUCAUAAAUAGACCCCUUAGGCUUAAUUGAAUUUUGAGUGCUGCAUUUGUUUUUAUCUGCUUGACAUAUGAAAAUGUUCUGUAUUUAAAUGGGUGCUUUAAAACUUUAUUUUUAUUAAUCUUGUUCUUGCAUGAAUGCUAUAAUGAUACAACAAUAUUGUACUACAUUAACGCAUUUGAUCUAUUUCAUACAUUUGUCAUGCUGGUGAGUUUUGUCAGUACGAUCUCUUUCUUAAUGUUCUGUUAUGAUUUACAAUAGCCUACAAAAAAGUACUGAAGGUAGUAUAAAGGGAACACAGAAAACUUUUGUUGGUUACAAGCAUUUUAGCUUCAAAUAUUGAUAUUUUAAAAUUCUGUGGUUGGAGUGGCACUUUGAAGUUAGCUUUCUUUAUCUAAUGCCAUUAUGCUAGUACAGUGUGGCAGUUGUGGAAGUAACAUAUAUCCUUCAAAACAUUUCUUGGAAAUGGGGGAACCAUGUUGGUUCUGCCAGUACCAGUUUCAGAGAGGUUAUAUUAUCCCAUGCAAUACAUAAGGGGUAUCUCCCUGACUCCUCCUCCAUAGCUUUUUGGUUAAAUAAAACUGUAUAUAUAUUUAUGAUAGAACUUCCAGUUGGGGUUAAAGGUUGAAUCAGGGAAAUAAAUGAGCCAAUUAAUAUUUCUAGGUCUCAUCAUACUUUCUUACUGAUCAGGAUGAAAAUUCCUGCAGGUUGCCAGUGGGAGUCUUAGUCAACUGCUAUAAGUGGCUCUGUGAUUCUUCUAAUGAUCACUGUUAGUAAAGGCUGCAAAAUGAGUUUAAAAGCUUGUACUCUGAUAGGGAACACAAACCAUGUAAGUAUUUUUAAAGCAUCUUCUCAUAAGGUAACAUAUUUGGCUUCUAAUAAAGUUUAUGGGUUAUGGAAGUGUUUUUCAACAAAUGAGUUGCAAAAUCUCGAAUAUAAAAGUUUGGGGACAGUUUUAAAUGUCAUUGUGAAAAAGAGUUUACUAUCUUGUUAGGAUGCUAGCUGCUUCUCUGAUUAAUUUGUAAAAUAUAUGUAGACAUAUUUAAUACUUUUUUGGGUGAAAAAAAAGUCCAGAAUGUUAAUGUAUUUUACAUUUUAAUUUGCCUUUAGGUGGAUGGUCUCCCUGGCAAGGUAUGCAGCAUUAAGUAGCACUGCAAAAAUUGUUUGCACCAUUUUCUACUACAUCAUGUUAAAAUUUGCUGGCAAAUUCAUUUAUUUAUUCGGAUGCAACUUAUUUAUCCUACUGGCAGCUUAAUGGUUUUCUGUCUUAAAACCCAGCUGAAACUCCCAUCAGUGAUCUGCUGGGGCUAAAGUGUAGAUAGCCUAAGAUUUCUGCUUGAGGCUGGGUGUUCAGAUGCCUUACUGUUAUGGCUCUUGUAAAUAUGGAUUUCAAAUUGAUAUGUGCAAUCCCUAAUCCCGUUCUCAUACGAUCUAAACUGUUUUAGACCAAUCUUAACAAAUGUAUUAAAUAUUUGGUCAUAUAAAAGGGUCUUUGUUCAAAAUAAACAUUGAAACCACAUUUUGGAGAACACUAUUGUAUUAUGAAAAUCCCUGAUAUGUUUCAUUGCUUGUAUUAUUAAUGUUAACCUUUUUUGAGACCAUUGACCUUUUGCAUCCUUUGUAAAUACUCUUAUAUGUUAUUUAUUUCUUAAAAAGGCGUUGCAAAGGCACAUACCGUUUAGAAAAUCUUUUAAGUGUUUUUGAACAUUUUGUAUUUUAGAUGUUGUGCCUUCAUUUCAGAAGCCUUUAAUUUUUUUUAAUCUAAAAGUAAAACAGAUGUUGCAAUAUUUUAUUAUUGGUGUUUUAUUGCAUUAACAUUCAAUUUUAUUGUAUCGUUUGUGUUUUUUAUUUUACAUGUGUACACAGUAAAAUCAUACCGGGUACUUGUAUCUUCAAAAUCUCUAUUCUUUAUCAGACUAUAUCUAGCAAGUUAUUGCUUCCACUUUGGGCAAUGGAGCAAUUGACAACCCCACAGCCUCACUGAGUGACAAUACCUUGGCCUGCAAGUGCAUCCAUUAUACCAAAUGGUUUCCAUUCAAAUAUGUGGGGAGUGAUUUUUUUCUUCGUCGCAGAGCUAUUAAUGACUUGUCAAACAACUGAUCUUGCUGUGUGCACCAUUGUUCUUUGCACUAAGGCCUGUUGCACAGUAGUCAUUUUUACUUACUGAUUAUUAAGUCCGCUGGCUAAUUGUGCCGUAGACCUAACAUUACUAUGUAAAUAAGACAGUUGGGCUUUACUCACUGUUGUGAACAAUUAACCUGCUGUUUAUAAAGCAUGCUUAAAUAAAAGUAUUUGAAAAUCA